UUAAAAAUAACUACGCAGUCCGGCUGUUCGGUACGGUGAACGUGUCGCUCUACGUUUUUUUUCUAAUUUAGUCUCUCAUUUUAUUUCAACAAAAUAUUAAAAUCUAUUUAAAUAGAUAUUUAAAGAAAAUAGAUAAGAAACAAAACCAUCAAGAGUGCAUUAAAAAACUGUGUGAAAAUUAAUCUACCUUAAAUCGAAAAAAAGAAGAAAGAAGACUUUCUAAAAAAAAUAAUUGAAAAGAAACAAAAAGAAAAUCCCCCAAGUGAACGAACAGUGGAGAGAAAUCUAGUGCAUGGCUGUCAAAAUUUUAACCUUAAAAAAAUCCACCAAAUAACAUAAAAACAGCCACAAGAAAAGAAAUUCUCCGUGUGCACAAAAAAGCAAAAUUUAUUAAAAAAUAAAUUCAAAAAAGUGUAAAGUUAUCAAAUUCCUUUAUUAUAUAUUAUUUUUUUAUUUUAAAUUUUAUUUCGAUACAAAAAAUAAAAUAAAAGCCAAAUGGAAAUGAAUUAAAAAGAAAAGGUGAAGAAGAAGAAAAUUAUUUUUUUUUUUUGUGAUUUAUGUUUCUGUGCUUUUGCAGUGAAUUUUAUUUUUUGAUAAAAAGAAAUUGAAGUGCGUGGCAGUGGCCAGUGACACAAUCAUCACAAUUAUAAAGAAAAUUACGAACAAAAUAAAACAAAUUAAAACUCGAAAAUUCUCAAGUUUUUAGUCAUUUUCUUAUAUAUUUUAUUUGUUUGUGGAAAAGCAAUAUUGGAUAAACCAGGAGAAAAAAGUGACAGACUGAGAUCGAACGAAUAUUGAAGAAAAAAACCGCGCUUUCCUUCUUCUUGGCAUUUUCCUAAAGAAAAAAGGUGCAAUAACUUCAGCCUUAAAUUGAUGAGAAAUGGCGGGUCCUAGUUGACAACUACAGAAUUAAUCUCCUUUUUAUUUCGGUGUAGAAGUUUAAUCGUUAUAAAAAUCGUAUACGUCGUUUGUACGAUUGAUUUCGGGUUGGAAAAUACAAGGAAUAAAAACUUGUAUUCUUAUUUUCUCGCGUUGCCUUUAGAUUUCGUAAAAAAAAAGUUUUAAAAAAUUAAAACAAUUCCCAAGCCCUGACAAAAAUCCCCAAUACAAAAUUAACCGAUAAAUUGUAUAAAAAUGUGGUAGAAUACGUAAAUUCAUAAAAAAGGAACAAAAAAUCAACCAAACUUGUUGAUUUUGUAAAAAAAAAAAUAUAACUUUUUUUUUUUUGAAAAAAUUGAACUCGCAAGUGUAGUUGAAUCGCGCGCGUGUUAAUUAUUUUGACAUUUCGAUUAUGAGUCGGCAAUAUAAUUCGACGCGUACCGGCGCUACCGUUGCGUAUGCAAAUGUUUCGAAUGUAAAAAAGAUGGCGUCGCGUCGUCAACCGGAUCACGAAAGUGGUUAUUACGAAGAUAAUCCUGUACUAGAUUUCGCUCGGAUAAAUGGCAGUGAUGAUUCACAACCAUCAAAACCGCCAUCUUCGGCGAAACGUCAAAAAUUAUCAUCGGACGACGAUGAGAAACAAAAUCGUCAUCACGGUGGUGGUGGUGGUGGUGGUGGAUCGAGACAAACACAAAAUAAAAAAUUAAAGAAACAACAAUCAGAGUCCAUAACAACAACAACUAACGUCAAUGACAGCAAUAUUUAUCAACAAAUGACAAAUAACAAUAACAAAAAGAGGCAACCAACCGCCAAUAACAAACGUCACUUGAAUAACAACAACAACAAUAUCAAACACUGUGAUGUUGUGCCUCAGCAUCAUAAAAAUAUAACGGACCAUGGUAAUCAAAAGAAACAGCAACAACAAUUCACAACGUCAUCAUCAACAGCAUCGGAAAUGACAGUGACAGCAACAAAAGUAAAAUCAACGCCGACAACAACACCACAACGCACGAACGGGACAUCAGCAGCAAUCAUACAAAUGAAUGAUGAAAUUGUCGAAGUCAACGACAGUGAAAGUGAAGAAGAGGCUGUGAUGAAAAAGAAUGCGACGAAAAAGGGUCAGAACCAUAAUCAUCAUCAACAACAUGCACAGAUCAGCGGUGGUGGUAGUGCAGCGGGAACUGAUGACACGAGCAAUGGAAGUAACAAUAAUAAGCAACAGUCAAACCAUCAGGCGGAUGAUCGUGGCGAUAGUGGGUCAGAGGUUGAGUGCGUUGCUGUUACGGAUGCCCAAACCAAUGCCGACAAUGAACAGUUGCAGCGUGAAAUUGAGGAAGUAACAACGGUGCACUCGAAAUGUACAGCAAGCGAAGAAGAAAAAGUAAACCUCUCCCACUUUCAAUUGAUCCGGGUCCUGGGGACAGGAGCAUACGGAAAAGUAUUUUUGGUUCGUAAAAAAGGUGGCCACGACCACAGGAAACUAUAUGCAAUGAAAGUACUGAGGAAAGCAACAGUCGUGCAAAAGAAGAAAACAGCUGAACACACAACGACUGAACGACAAGUCCUAGAAGCAAUACAACAAAGCCCGUUUCUUGUGGGAAUGCAUUAUGCCUUUCAAACCGACUCGAAACUGUUUUUGAUCUUAGACUAUGUCAAUGGUGGAGAAUUAUUUACCCAUUUGUACAAAUCAGAGCAUUUCCCCGAAGAUGAUGUUCGCAUUUACAUUGCCGAAGUUAUUCUAGCUUUGGAACAUUUACACAAACUCGGAAUCAUCUAUAGAGACAUUAAACUAGAGAAUAUUCUUUUAGAUGGUAAUGGUCAUAUCGUUCUUGCUGAUUUUGGCUUGUCGAAAAUUUUCAAACCGGACUCGAAUCAAAGAGCGCACAGUUUUUGUGGAACAUUAGAAUAUAUGGCACCUGAAAUAAUUCGUCCUUGUCCAGCUGGUCAUGAUCUCGCUGUUGAUUGGUGGUCUGUUGGUGUUCUAACUUAUGAACUAUUGACUGGUGCAUCACCAUUCACUGUUGUUGAACAGCGUAAUACACAAAAUGAUAUCUCACGAAGAAUACAAAAAAGCGAUCCACCACUGCCUUCAAGUUUGGGUGAAAUUGUAAAAGAUUUCAUUCUAAAAAUGCUCCAUAAGGAUCCAAAGAAAAGACUAGGGGGCAAUAACAAAAGUGCUGACGAAAUCAAAAGACAUCCGUUCUUCAAUGGAAUCAACUGGCAGGAUUUAAAGAGAAAACGAAGAAAAGCUCCGUUUAAACCGAGAAUCACUUGCGAAGAUGAUACUGGGAAUUUUAGUGAAGAAUUUACAAAACUUCCUGUUGUUGAUUCUCCAGCGCCAGUUCCUCCAAAUACCAAUAGACUGUUCAGAGGAUAUUCCUAUGUAGCACCUCAGCACUUGCAAAAGAAGACAUCCAAUAGCAGACAACUUAUCGAAGAAGAGUUCUGCAAUCCGCCUUUAAAGAAUCCACCACCAUUAACUGACUUCAAAUUGGAUCAAUGUAGUUAUUCAAGUGGAAGUUUUGGUACCUGUUACAUUGCCUCGCAUCCAAAGAACAAGAGAAACUAUUCAGCUAAGGUUAUACCAUUGGCUAAAUAUCGACCAGCUGAAGUAGAUGCGUUGAUUGCGUGUAGAGGUCAUUCGGGUAUACUCGAUUAUAUCAAUACAUAUCGCUCAGGCUCAAACAUAGUUCUUAUAACUGAGUUUGUUAGCGGCUGUGAAUUGUUUCAUCAUAUUGAUGAAGAAGAUGGACUUUCGGAGAUAAAUGCAUGUGAUGUGUUUCAGCGAAUUAGCGAAGCUGUGCGGCACAUUCAUUCAAAAAACUUUAUUCACGGUGACCUUAAGCCAGAGAAUGUUGUAUAUAGUGACCCACAAAUGCGUUCAAUAAAACUUAUUGAUUUUGGAUCUGCAAGUUACAAUAGCCGUGGACUUGUUUGGAAGGACACACCACGUUACACUCUGGAUUAUGCCCCACCGGAAGCACUACGCUCCUCAGAAAUUGCAAUAUAUUCAAAAGCAUUCGACAUUUGGUCGCUUGGAGCAACGCUCUACACAAUGGUCAUUGGUCAUGCACCAUUUCGUCAUGGAAAAAAUGACCGAACAACAAACGAGGCUGUGAUCCGGGAACGAAUACUCAACGGUGAUAUGUGGACGACGAAAAAUCCUCGAUGGCUGGCUACGUCGUUGGAGUUCCGAAACUUAGUGACAUCGUGUAUGCAAAUAGAGAAUUCGAAGCGGCUAACUGUUGGCGAAGUGCUCAAGCAUCCAUGGAUGACGAUGAAACACAGUACCAAUGGUGUUCGAAGCGACAAAGCUAAUAAGGAAGAUGAAGAAGAAGUUGUAUUGGUUGAAAAUGACGACGAUGAUGAAGAAGAAGAAGAUGAAGCGGAUAUGCCCGCUGAAGAUGCAGCAAAAGAUACCAAAAGGUGGAGCAAAACCUCAUCGAUAUGUUCUGUGCAUGGUUCGGAAUCAAAUCAAAGCCUGCAAAGGAGUAAUGGAUGCAACGAAAGCGAAGGUGAUACGACAAGUGGCCUGGGGCGGAGUAAGAGCUCUGAUCAGGAAAAUACUUCCGCUGAUCAACUUCAUACUCCUCAUCUGGAGGGUCUGGGAGGCUGUGAUGUUUUAGUUAAGCAAGAUGAUCAAUUAGACUACUCACCGACCAAUAACAACGAUGUUAUCCUGCCAAUGCAUGAAAAAAGCACUAAACAAUCAUUUAAAAGUCCCAGCAAGCCUGCACGCAAUUCGAAAACACAAAAAACAACUCCCCGCCGCCGCCGAACACGCCGUAAUUGCACUAAACCAUCAAUUGUCAAUGUGCUCAAUCAAAGAUUUGACGCAUUCAAACGUGAUGAAUCGGAUUCGGAAGAAUUGAACGGCUUUGUAGCUGAUGGCAAAGAUAAGCUCUGUGAGAUUUUAAUUCGACGACGAUACUGGAAAAUGCUAAAUGCAUUGAUCUACUCCAACCAAUGCCAAUUGAAGCAUUUCAAUAUUGAUAGAAAAUACAAGGCAUUAGAAGAUGAGCCCACACAAGACGAAAAUGAUAAUGACGAUGAAAAUAGCGGACAAUUCCCUAAGCCACCACCACGAGUACCUAAAAUCAAAAAAGAAGCUGCAUCGAGAAAACCCUCAGCGAUGAUGACGCGCUCACAGCGGCAACGAUUCGUCUUCGAAUGAUCAAUAUUAGCCGGAAUGCUGAUCAUCAUCCCGGAUCGUUCGAAGGAACGAAUAUGUACAGCAUGCUGCCACCAACACCAAUACCAAUCCAACCGCAACACUCUAUCGUCUCCAAAUAACGAACUAAUGGUACUUAGAAUUAAUAUAUUGUUGUGGCGAACCAAUAAUAAACAAAAUAAUAAUAAUUAUUAUAAAAUAAUUAAAAGAAUCAAAGGAAUUCCGGAAUCAUUUCGAAGCUCAUAUUCGAAUUUUAAUCCGGAUGUCCGAAUUCUAGCCUUAAGUAGUUAUAUUUCAUUAUAUUUUUCUCUUUUCAAGUGUUAUGGUUUUUUUCUAAGUUGUUUUUUUCCGAAAAAGGAUACAAAUCUCCAUUUAAAUAAUGUUGGGCCAAUUUUUAUUUUCAUUUAUAAAGAAAUUUGUAUACUUAUUUUUAAAAUUAUAUCAAAAAUACAAAUCCAUUGUAAAUACAAAAAAAGAAACAAAGGAAAAAAAAGAAACAAAAAAGUUUUAAACUAAAAAAAUAAUACAAAAACCUACUGUUAAAUAUAAUUCUUUUCUUCAUAUAUAAUUUUUUUUAAUUAUUAUUUAUAUAACCAAUUUUUUUCUCUAUUAAGUUAAAUGAAUCAAACAUUUCAAAAGUAUCUAGAGAAUACUUUAUAUUACAUUUUAUGAAAUAUUAAACUUGAAACCAUCUUAAUUGUGUUGAAAAUAAUUAUGUUUUCUUCUUUUUUUUUGUUUUUGUAAUUUGUUGGUCUUUUCGUUAUUUCUUGAUGCAAAGUGUUUUUGGUUUUCUUUUUUUCUUUCUUGGAAUAAUAUGAACUUUGUUGCAUAUUGAUCUUAUGGUUAUGUUUUAUGCCACAACUUUGAAAAUUAAGUGAUAAAAAGGUUAAAACAUCUUCCAAAAUUUAAUGCGAAUCUUAAAAUUAUUAAUAUUAUAAUUUUUCAUAUAUGGAGUUCAUGAAAAGUGUUUUUACUUGUCUCGGAUUCCACGUCGACAUUUUAGCUUCGACUAAGUUUAGGUUCUUCUUUUUUACUGUUCGUUGUAGGAAAAUUUCCCGAUGUUGCCCGUGAUAAGGCCAAAUGAAUUUAUUUGGGUUUGAAAAUUGACUUGGUCAAGUAAUAACAAAAACAAGGUAUGUAGCUUUCCAAUGAUUUAGGUUUUUUAUUCAGAAGUAAUCGCUUUUGGGUGAGAUAAGCUAUCAUAAUUUAAUCUUAUUCUCUAAUUUAAUUUACUUUCCCAAAACUGUUGCAGAUGUAAUGAGUGAUCGAUGGCGACUAAAACCUCCUUUGGAAUUUCCCCACUUUCGAAAAUGUUUGGCUUGAAUGAAUCUUUUUAUUGAUAUUUUGCAUUCUAGGGAAUCUUUGUAGGUUCUGAAGAAAUAAAUUCAUUUCAAAAAUUCGAGGGAAAUUUUCGUUAAAGAUAUUCACAGGAAUGGUUGAAACCCAUAAAUUACUAUGCACUGGUUCUUCACGCGCGACUUUUACACCAAAGGUUAUUGAACAAUUAUAUUUUCAUAAAAAUGUGCGUGUUUCGUCUUACUUAUUCUAAGAAGCAUUUGUAGACUUUUCCGAUUUAGUGAAUUGCAUUAACUGAUCAUAAAAUUUAAUGUAAUUCGAUAAAGUUUAAAUGAUUUUUAAGUCCAGGCAAGAAAUUAAUUCAUAUUCUAUUGGGUUCGUUAAAAUAAU